UCCGUGGCCUACUGGUUAAGCCGUCCGCCUACGAAGCAGAAGAUCUUGGGUUUGAUCCCUGGCCGAGUCAUGCUGAAAGACUUUAAAAAUGGCUGAAGCUGAUGCAAAGGAUCAUACGGAAUUACUGAGGAAAUACCUCAAAUGUGGAGAGUAUUUGGUGAAGGUGUGCCAGGAGAUUGAAGAGGUGCCCGGUGCAGGCAAACUGGAGAGGAAAUGUCAGGCAGAGCUCAAGUACCUAAGAUCACUCGGCAAAAGACGCGGAGGUUUCGAGAUCACCCAUCUUAGAAGCAGCAACAUAAACCACUAUGUCGGGGUAAUUCAUACGGCCCGCGUACUUCCCCAAGUAACACACAUUCUACAUGCAUUCACAUGUCCUGGUCGCACGGAACCUCUCCAUGUCGACGUGGUCGCUUGCGAGGGGAACGUUUGGGUCAAGGUGGUGGCAAGGAAGGCCCAGGCAUUGCACCUCAUAUUUAACGGGCAGGGCCAAUUUGGAGAAAAGGACAUCGUCAGUCAGGCGGCGGACUACGUUUCUUGUUCAAGAGUCCAUCCCGUCAACUUUGUUGAACCAAAGAUAUUGUUCGCGUUCUAUGGAGGCGUUACACGCAUUAUUGCUGAAGAAUUGCAUCGGUUAGGUGUCAGUGCUGUAGGUCAAGUGGUCGAUGUAGAUGAAGACAUAAAAAAUAAAUUAACUGGUUUGCAGUUAUGUAACACAGAUAGCGAUGACAGUGAUUCCAACAGUACAGAAGAAGUAUCGUUCAAGCGUAGCUUUACAGAAGACCCGCAAAACAAAGAUAUUUCUGAGAAUAAUGAAGCUAGUUCCACAUUUCAAAAUGUUGAGCUUCGAUGUGAAAGUGUAAAAUCAGGUUUUGAGAAAGAUGAUAGGGCAAUAAGUCAUGAAUCAAUUGACGAAAACAUUGCACAAUAUACUGACCGCUCCGCGAUCUGUUUUACUGAAUCAGACAAAACAAUUGAUUCUUCAAAAGCAAACAUUGCUCAAUCAAAUCCAUGCACUGAAAUGAAACAAUCAGAAGAUGUCAGAUCAGAGGCUUUAUUUCAUCACAAUACGUCUAUUGACAUGGUUACACAUGAAAAUAUUUUCCAGUCGAAAACCGAUUUGCAAAUUGAACAUGCGGAAAAGAGGGAUUUUAUUCUAGCUAAAUGGACAUUUGGCGGAGAGUCAAUGCUCAAUUUUAUCGAGGACGAGUUAUUAAUAAAUCCAUUAGUUGAUUAUUCUCCUAUGGUAUCUGUAUUGAAACAGAGCAAAAUAAACACAGUUGACAGAAUAUCACGAGUGAAUUUAGAUGUGACAGCCCUCAUAACUUUGGUGUCUGCGGUUGCCCACGGAGGUUGUUACUUCCGGUUUAAAGAGAAAAUUCUCUCUGAGCAAGCUUCAGAGGAAAGAGAAAGUCCAGUGUUGCGCAAAUUGACAUCAUUUUUAUAUGGAAAGCAGUUAUUUGCGUGUCAAACAGCAGUAGAUAGCUUUACAAGUAUUCUGGAAACGCUUGGAGGUCCAGGUGAAAAGAGACGUGCAGAGGAUCUGUUGUCAAGGGUGAACGUUGUUCCUGACAACACGUCGUUUAGAGCUGACGUUAUGCCGAAUACUGGGAAAAUUAAAGACCGGUCUAAGGUAAUAUUUGGAACUGGUGAUAGUUUGAAGGCUGUAACAGUGACCGCGAACUCCGGAUUUGUACGAGCUGCUCACCAUCAGGGAGUUUUGUUCUCAGUUUUCCUGCACGCAUCAAGGGCCCUUACCGAGGAAAAGGAGAAAACGGCUGAAGCAAUUCCCCGAGGAUGAUGACAGUUGCUCACUGUGGAUUUCACUGCUUUCAAAACGGGAAACGGGACCCCCUCCCAAUUCAAUUGUAUUGAUACCUCAAUUAUAAGAUCAUGUUGUUAUUAUAAAGGGUGGAAGGAUGAGUAAUUUUGACGGUAGCAUUAAUUUUUCUUUGACUAAAUAGACAAUUUCAAUAACGCAUUUAAACAAUACUAUUAACACUAUUUUCCAUUGUAAAUUAUUUGGAAACACAUUAAAACAUU